AUGACCGCGUUUGUUUACUUUGCCAGGGGCGAGCCAGGAUCAACCAAGAUGGCGACCGAACUCACCGUUCAAUCGGAGCGCGCUUUCCAGAAGCAGCCGCACAUCUUCCAGAACUCCAAGGUCAAGCCCAAGAGCUCCAGGCCUGGCAAGGGUGGUCGACGAUGGUACAAGGACGUCGGUCUGGGUUUCCGAACCCCCAAGACCGCGAUUGAGGGCAGCUACAUCGACAAGAAGUGCCCUUUCACCGGUCUCGUGUCGAUCCGCGGCCGUAUCCUCAACGGCACCGUCGUCUCCACCAAGAUGCACCGAACCGUCAUUAUCCGAAGAGAGUACCUGCACUUCAUCCCCAAGUACUCCCGUUACGAGAAGCGCCACAAGAACCUCGCCGCCCACGUCUCCCCCGCCUUCCGUGUUGAGGAGGGUGACCAGGUCACCGUUGGCCAGUGCCGGCCCUUGAGCAAGACUGUCCGAUUCAACGUCCUGCGCGUGCUGCCCCGAACUGGCAAGGCGGUCAAGACAUUCAGCAAAUUCUAA